UUGUUUCUCAUUGUUGCAAACUAUAUUGUGAUUGAAACGUACCACGCCCAGGGGUUAAGAAAUGCACGGCGCCAAUAAUUUUCUCCGAUAUUUUAAUGAAAUGUUUUCACCAAUCCAAAACUUCUCAGAAACCACCCCGCCAGUUUUUAAUUGUUAUCUGCAUGGAGCUGGGAGUAUUAUGCAUUGAAAACAUUCUUAUUUUUAGAUAUGGAAAUGCGACCACAAAUCAUUGGGAAUUGCCAAAAAAAGUUUUUUAGAGUCUGAAGAAAAGAAUAUUGAGAAGUAUAUUUACAUCGUGUUUCUUUUGGCUGCUAAGUAAGUCAAGUUACACAAAUUUAUACGAGUACUAAAGAUUUUUAUGCGUUUUUCUAUAUUUUAAAUAAAUUACUGUAGCCUUGGGAUUACUGUAGCAUAGCAUCAGGAAAUUCAAAAUUACAAAGUUUAUUUUAGAUCAAGGGCUACAAGGAUUACCAUAAUUAAAACUGCGAGGGGUACUGUAACUUAAAAUUUGUCAAUUUUUUUGGAAAAAAUACCAACCGAGAAAUUUUCUAGAUUUUCCAAAUAUUUUGAGAGAAAAAAAUUGAACGCUAUAUUCAUAUUGCUCAAACGAUUUUAAUUUUAGAAAAAAAGUCGGAGACAUAAAGAAACAAAAAGGCAUUCCCUUCAAGAUUGGUCACAGCUGUGAAUUUAAUAUUCCAAAACUCUUCAAUUGCGUAAGUGCUCAUUGAGAUUAUUCAACCAAGAAGAUUUUUUUCAGUUCUACUCUCUCGCAAUCGGAACGAAUUAAUAUAUUCUUCAGGAAUAAUAUUUUGAAGAAUGCUUCGAAGGCGGAUGACGAAUAA